AUGACAUACGAUUUAAAUUGUUUUGAUGUUGAAUCGAAUCCUUUAUUUCGUGUUCCAAAAUUUUCAGGUAAUAUCAAAGACUGGCCAGAAUUCUGGGAGGAAUUUGAGGCUUAUGUAGAUAAAAAUAAAGAUUUUCCAGAUUCAGAAAAACUACGAUGCUUAAAAGAAGUUUUGGGCGAAAGAACUAUGGAGCUGGUAGAAAAGUGUGGAGAAGAAGCACUCGAUUAUACAAAAGUAAAAUAUCUUUUAAAACAAAAAUUUGAUAAAGAUGCAUCAAAUUUUUUACUAGACAAGCUGGAAGAGCUGCCAGUGGCAUCUUUGAAGUCUCUUCAAGAAACUGUUCAAGAAAUUGAUAAAAUUCUCCGACUGCUACAGGUAGUUGGAUAUGAUGUUAAUUGCACUGUGAUAGAAAAGGCUGUUGAGGCAAAGAUACCUUCGUAUAUAUGGAACAGUAUAAAUACAAAGAAAAAAGAAACUGUCGGGUGGACCGUAGAAAAUUUGGUGACGGAACUCAAGCGCAUUGUUUUCAAGAAUGAAGCAACUGUUGACGGCAUGAAUUAUGAGAAGGCAGAAGCUCUCGACAACUAUCAGUCUAGUUACAUAAAAAAGGAUAGGACUGCUAGCAAAGAAAGGCACGAAACAUCAGGUAAACAAGCUUAUUCUCACGCUGAACUUGAAGCGAGGAUAAGUGAGGAAAACAGUAGUACUAGCAGUACUAGAGAAUCAGGUUUCAGCACUGGUUAUAUUGAGGUGCCUACGACGGAACCACAAAACUUGUCCAGUUUCUGUCCGGGGCAUCACAAAAGUUGUGAUUGCACUGUCUAUGCUACGCGUCGGAAAAGACUCGAACGCGCUGAACAGCUAAAACUGUGUUUUACAUGUCUCCAAAAGGGACAUCAAGAAACUCAGUGUAGGACAGAGCUAAAACCAUGUUACUACUGUGACAUUAAACACAACUCAGCCUUCCAUGACCUUCGUGGGUACAAAGCUGCAAGUAAGAGUAAUAAUAUUGAAAUUUCUCCUCUGGAGCAAACAAAGAAGAUUGAAAGCAACUUCCAGACAACUAGACAGUCCACACCUCAACCAAUAGACGACCGAGCUGCAAGCAAUAGAUCUGAGACACAGCUUAAAGAAAGUGCUUAUUGUUGCGAACCUACUGAAGACUUUUCUCGCACCUCUAUGAGGAAGCAACGGAAACCCUGCAGUUUCUGUGAGGGUAACCAUGAAAGCGACCUUUGCUCUGUUUAUACCACAGCUCUAGAUAGGAAGGAUCGAGCUCAGAAGCUGGGGUUAUGCGAGAUUUGCCUUCAGAGGCAUUCAAACAGGCCGUGUAUAAGAAGGUUACAGCCAUGUCGUGGUUGCGGUUCCAAACACAAUGCAGCAUUCUGUUCUGAUUACAUACAUUUAAUUGAAGACAGAGGUAAAACCGCUUCAUUUUCUUCAGAACGGUCGUCCAGCUCCCAAGCGCAUAUUAAUGAACCGGCUAUUGCAGUUACUCUAGCAAUGUGUGUUGAGGGAACCGUAUGUAACCCAGAGAACAAGCAGAAAAAGGAAGAAGUUGUAAUCUUGUUCGAUAGUAAGUUAAGAGAGAAUUUUGCUUCGAAAGACUUAGCGGAAAUGCUGGGAGUUGUUGGAGGCAGCGCGCGUCAAACGGAACAGACAGAAAAUUUGACACCAAAUGCUAAAGCUACCUACAGCAAAAGAUUUGCAAAAAUCGGAAUUUUUAGGAAUGAUGGUGACCUAGAAAUUAUUACUGCAAAACUAACUAAAGAGUGGAACAAAGAAGUGCAGAUGGUUUGCUUGUCGGAAGGCGAAAUUGAAGAUAAUAAGCACAGCAGUCAUCUUCUAAAACCUGCGGUAUGGCGGAAACCGCAGUUAUACUUGGGAGCCGAUUGUUUUUGCAACUUUGUGGAUUUGAAGCAGCACUUCUCAUUAAAGUCUGGAUUUGUGUGUUAUAAUACACUUCUGGGUAUAAUGUUGAGUGGACAUGGGUUGAUUAAGAAAGUCGAAGAAGCAAAAAGAAAAACGUAA